CCCUAAUCCGGGUUGGAGCGCAUCUUUGUGUUCUUUGCUUGCGGGUUGAAAGGGACGAUUCGGAUUUCUGUAACGCUAUAUGUUGUGAUUUUCCGUCUUAAAUCCUCUUAAUUCACAAGCCCACUACGAGACCUUUCGAUUGCGUCGGCGAAAUCGUUGCUCAUCCGUUGUAGAGGCCAGACUGCUUCGAUUCUGGGAGGCUAGGAAUGUUAAGUGUGGUGGGGAGAUUAAGUGGAUGGAUUUGCUCAUGGUGGAUGUUAAGGCAACCAUGAUGCAAGUGACGAUCAGUUCAAGCCGUCUCCCACAAUACCGGGAGAGACUCAUUGUCGGAACAAUGUUUUUCGUGUCCGGUUUUGAUGUCUCUAGAUGUGCACAGAGCUUCCGGCUCACGGAGUCUUCUCUGUUGAUCAGGUUCAACGAGAACACCACUUUUGAGGAGAUAACUGAUCAUGUAUCCCCCUUGCCCGAGGAAGCAUUUCGGUUUCGUAACCAGUCUGAGAUGAUUGGUUUAGCCAAAACAAACACUCAAUUUCCAGGUACAUUGCUCCCAGUUGACACGUACCUCUUAUAUUGUUGGACUUCUGUGUGUAAAGAGUAUGGUCUGUUUAUAUUUGUAAGAAAGUGAUAUAUAUCUCAUACUUUAUGUGGACGUCAUAGGUGAAAUACUUGGUGUGAAAAUAGUCUCAAGACAUACAGCCAUUGAGUUAUUGACGUUUCUUACACUUACUGAAAACAUGGUUUACAAAUUUUACUCUGUUUAUAGACGCUUUCCUCUGUUUUGCAAUUUACAUUUAAAACAUGGUUUACAAAUUUUACUCUGUUUAUAGACGCUUUCCUCUGUUUUGCAAUUUACAUUUCGUAGACCAACGACUCUGUCGGCUAAUAAAGUAAACCAACUCCCGGUUUGAUGAAACCAUCAUAAAGACACAAACCCAAAGUCUACUAAACGUUUACAUACACAUAGCCCAAAUCACAUAUUCUACGUGCUUCAAAUACUUUAAUAUAUCGGUGGAAUUAACCAUACUACCUUAUUGAUACAACAAUAAAAAUAUAUAUGUUUUAAAUGAAAUUUUAUUCAACAAUAAAAUAGAUUUAGUUAAAAUGAAUAAGUUGUUUUUUAAUAUCACAUAAAUUAUUAGUUUAAAAGAAAAUAUGGAAAACAACUUAAUACAUGAAAAAAAAAAUUAACUAAGAGAAAGUAUCUUUGCUCUACUAACUCUAAUUCUAAAUUUUAAAAACCUAUGUGACUUACUGGUGUAUUUAAACAAAAAUAACAUCAAAAGAAAGUAAAUAAUUAUAUUUUUAAAAUUUUAUAAAAAUUAGAAAAUUUUAUAAUUUAUAAAAUGAAGAAUAAAGUACAUAGAUAAAAUUGUUGUAAAACAAUUAUGAUCCUUAUUUCCAUUUUAAAUUAAAAUUAAAAUAAAAUUUAACAUAUUAAUAAAUUACGAUGCCUAUGUAUUUAACUAUUUAUUCAUCAACUCCUGUGGAUCAGUUUCAAAUUUCCCCCCCAUAACUGGUACGUAACAUAACAAAUAAAAAUAAUAGUAAUAAUAUUAAUACAGAACACAAAGUAACUAAUUACUACAUCCAUAAUAUUGCUAGGUGGUAAAAAAACCCCGCUACUUCUGAUAGAAAAUUAUAUAUAUAUAUAUAUACAAUUAAUUUAUACAAUAUAGUUUCAGAAUCUUAUAUAUGUAUUCCAAAAAAAUCAUAUCAAAGAGCAAUAUCAACUAUCCCUAAUAUCAAGCAUUCAACCGAUAAAUAUGCAAACAGAAGCUACGCAAUUAAUGCUGAUUGCAAUGAUGCAACUCAAAAACUCAUUGCGGUAUAAAGUUACACCUAAUACCUACUGCACACGUAUAUCACACAAUCAACCACAAAAAAAAACAAAAAAAACAAAAGAAACACAAAGAAAUGAAUCUCUCUCCCGAUCUCCCAGCCGCCUCAUCUCAUCAGGAUUCAAACGACGUCACCAAUGCUAUGGACUCUGAGACAGAGGUAAACCAAAGCGAGAACAGCUCAGAUGAAGACACAUCUGGCAUAUCAGUAUAUCACUAGCAUCCUAUUUCAAAAACCUUUAACCUAGAAUAUAAUACUUUGCAUCCGAACCACUGAGGAUGGCGAUUGAACACAAAGACUUAAUGGAGCUGUGCUUGGAACACCAUAACCCUGAAUGUAGGAGAUGGAUUACAUCCCUCCACAAGGCCCGCCAAAUAACAGGCCCUAGCCCAAUAAACUUAGCUAGUUUAGUCGGCUCAGCGGCUGGAGGUGUUGACUCGGCUCCAGAGUACUUUUAGCCGAUCAGUUAAGCCGAUCGAUGAUACUCGGCUUGGAGGGAACAGUGCCAAGGCCUGCAUACUCGGCCUUUGGCGACGAGGCCCAAAAGACAAGGCGAUUAGGGCAUCACCGGCAAGAGCACUAUAAGAGGGGAGAAGAAUACAACGACAAGGGGACUUUUGGACGACCUACACACUAAGCGGCUAGAUUUAGGGUUUCCCAUUGAUCACUCUGAUCUUGUUGUUUAGACCUCUAAUCUUGUCUCCUUAUUUUCCCGACAAAUCUUGUAAUCUCUUGUCUGAUUCUAAUAAAAACGUCUUUAGUCACCCCAUCUUGAAGUUCAUCUUUCUAAUCAGCUGAAUCUCGUACAAACAAUUGACGCCCACCGUGGGGCUGACUAAAGCAACGUUCUAGAUCUACAUGGCUCAAGACGAUGCCGCCUUCGGCGCUCCAGGUGAGGAACCGACACCUACGCCUGCGGCCGCGCCACCCAUCACCUCAGAUUGCAUGAGCUCCGUCAUGGCUCGACUCGCUCGCCAAGACGAAGUCCAAAAGACAACCAACGACCAACUCGCUGCGUUGGUCACGGCGCUCACAGCUCCUGAUGGACAAACGAGCCGCCCCCAGCAGAUCCGCCGCCGCCUCUUCAACACAAACCCUACGGCAACCGGAGUCGACCAUAUCUCUGACGACUCGGAGCCUAACGAAGCCCUUCUCGCGGAUGCUCUCCCAGCAGGUUCAGAUCUCACAACAAUACGCGAGCUCGCCGACCUCAAACUCAGCCUUCAACAGAUGGGCGAGAAGAUACACCAAGUAACCAGCACAGCUCCGCAAAUCGAGAGUGUACUCGCCGCAACCUCGCGGACUCCUUUUACUCGCGCGCUAACUAGCGUGCAACUCGGAAAGAUAGAGAAGCUGCGCCUACCUGAGUAUAAGCCCGGCGGAGACCCGGUGGAACAUAUGACAGCUUUUAACAUCGCGAUGGCACGAGCUCGACUCCCUGACGACGAAAGGGAUGCAGGUUACUGCCAGCUUUUCGUUGAGACUCUUCACGAGCAAGCCCUGACUUGGUUCUCCCAGUUGGAGGAGAACUCAAUCGGAUGUUUCCGCGACCUAUCAGCAGCUUUUCUCAAGACAUACAUCAUGUUCACAAAGCGCAGCGCCACCGCAUCCAGCUUAUGGAACCUCAAUCAGAAGAAGGACCAGAGCCUGCGCGAGUACAUGGAGAAAUACAAAGCCGUAGUGUCAAAGAUUGAGAUCCCAGACAGGAUCGCUAUCGACGCCUUGCGCAAUACCUUGUGGGUCCACUCAAAGUUCCGAGAAGACCUGUACCAGAACCCAACCAAGUCGCUCCAAGACGCUAUCGCGCGCUCCGAUAACUUCAUCCGAAUGGAAGAAGACACCAACGCAAUUCUCAGCAAGAUGAGCGCGCCCAAGGCUCCAGCGGCUAAGAAUGCAAAUACGCGACAAGAACCGCGCCAGCACGCUCCAAACGACAAAGACGGUCGCAAAGACGGUUACAUGUAUGUCGUUAACGAGAGCAACGUACCGAUCUCUACUCUCGUAGUUCGCGGGGAGGGGUGGAACAAGUGGGCAAGAGAACUCGAGUCGCCCGACAAACAAGUCGAUACUGUUUGCACCACCCAACCUACGGCGGGAGUCGGAUCAGCAGCAGGGCCUUCCCGGACCGUCGAUCUCACCAAGCAUUGCAAGUAUCACGACGUCAAAGGACACGAUACCUCGGAAUGCAAAUCUCUCUACGCACAUUAUCUCUCGUUCCUUGCAAGCGGCGAGUUUAAGUUCGAGCCCUUGAAAGCUAAACCAAAGAACGGUAAGAGCUGGAGCAAGAAUAAGGAAAGAAGAGCCCAGCGCAAAGCCACCGGCAAAGGUCGACAAAACGACGCUCCGCAACGAGACGACGAGGAAGAAACCCCGAAGGACAACGGCGAGGGAGACUCCUCAGCCGACGAAGAGCACCCGGCUAAUCGCAGACGCAUCGAGGUUAUACUCUCUCAGCAAUCCUUGUCGGCCGACGAAGAUAACGACGAUUCGCCUGUACCCGGAGAUCUGAGAGACAUCCUUAAACGGAAGUUCGAAUCGGAAAAUGAAGGCGAUCCAAAGCACAGAGAUCUCCGGACGAUGCUGGAUGCACGGAAGUCUCGGCGCAUCUCGACAAGCGACGGUAACAACAACGAAAGGCCAAUUAGCGACCUCCGAGAUAAACUCAAUGCCGGAGCAUGCGAUCUUCGCGUGAAGCUCAACCGUUCAAAACCAACAGACUUACGACGACAGUUGGAGCGAGUUAAAGGUCAGCCUCAACUUCCACCUCCUGAUACCAGCAUAUCCAAAGACCUCCGCGCCUUACUGGACUCUAAGCGAGUACAAACGGGACAGUCGUUGAACGUCAUCAUGGGAGGCUCCCCCCCUAGCGGCGACUCAGUCCGUUCCGUGAAAGAUUAUCGUCGACAAGUCGCGACGUCCCAGAAGUGGCCGACUAAACCGACAAGUCAUCCUCCGAUAACCUUCUCACCAGAUGACGCUGAAGGUGUUCACACGCCCCAUAAUUAUCCCCUCCUCGUCGUCCUUGGAAUUGGAGAGUAUGAUGUCACCAAGAUCCUUAUUGACACCGGAAGUUCCGUCGACCUCAUCUUCCGAGGAACUGUGCAGAAGAUGGGAGUCGACCUCGACGACAUAAAAGCGUCCUCCAGAACGCUAACCGGAUUCAAUGGGUCUUCCGAAACUAUCUGGGGAACGAUCCGCCUCCCGGUGCGUGCCUGCGGCGUUACUCGAACGGUCAAAUUUGCCGUCGUUAGCACAAAAGCUCCGUAUCACGCUAUACUCGGUACCCCUUGGUUACACUCAAUGCAAGCUGUCCCUUCCACCUACCAUCAGUGCGUCAAGUUCCCUGGCACGGACGGGAAGAUAAAAACAUUGCGCGGGGACCAAAGGGCCGCUAGGGAUCUCCUAGUCGCCACAGUCAAACUCCAACGGACGUCACUACCCGUUAACUCAGUGUCCCCUCCAACCUCAAAAGUCUACUCUCAGGAAAAUGAGGUUCUCGAGUUACCUAUUGAUGACGCCGACCAGAGUCGCACCGUGAGGGUUGGCGCAUACCUCUCUGACGAAAUGCAGCAGUCAGUUCUGGAUUUCCUCAGAAAGAACGUGUCCACGUUCGCUUGGUCUAUGGCAGACAUGAAAGGCAUCGACCCGACUAUAACAACUCACGAACUAAACGUUGACCCAACGUUCAAACCUAUCCGACAUAAGAGACGUAAGCUCGGCCCUGAUAGGUCUAAGGCCGUAAACGAAGAAGUCGACAGGCUACUCGGUGCAGGCUCGAUUGCUGAGGUCCGCUACCCUGAAUGGUUGGCAAAUCCAGUAGUCGUCAAAAAGAAAAAUGGCAAGUGGCGCGUCUGCGUCGACUUCACCGACCUGAAUAAAGCCUGCCCAAAGGAUAGCUACCCUCUUCCCAACAUCGACCGUUUAGUCGAGUCCACGGCUGGAAACGAGAUGCUAACCUUCAUGGACGCCUUUUUCCGGAUACAACCAGAUAAUGAUGCACCCGGAUGAUCGCGAGAAGACGGCCUUCAUCACAGAUAGGGGAACCUAUUGCUAUAAGGUCAUGCCCUUUGGUUUGAAGAAUGCCGGAGCAACCUACCAAAGGCUUGUGAACAAGAUGUUCGCAGAUAAGCUGGGUAUCACCAUGGAAGU